AUGUUAUGGAAAGGGAGACUUUCCUGGAAACAGUAUAUUCCUUCCAAGCGUGCCCGUUACGAAAUCAAGUCUUUUGAGAUAUGUGAAUCCUCUUCUGGUUAUAUUUGGGACUUCUUUGUGUACACUGGGAAGGACACAGAAUACAGGCAGGAGUACAGGCAGAUGGACUCCAUGGGUGCUAAAGUGGUCCUUACUCUGGCACACAAUCUUCUUGGCAAGGGGUACACGGUGAACAUGGACAACUUUUUUAGCGCCCCUCAGCUGUAUGAUAAACUUUGUGAGAGCAACACUGAUGCUGUUGGCACACUCAGGGCUAAUAGAAAGGAAGUACCCAAGCAACUGACUGGAAAGAGACUGAAAAAGGGGGAAAUCGCUGCACUGUACUGUGGUAAGCUGAUGGCCCUAAAGUGGAAGGAUAAGAAGGACGUGCACAUGUUGAGUACCUAUCAUGAUGCCAGGACUGUAGAGAUCCCUGCCAGAAGGGCACAGGAGGCUAAAGUCAAGCCUAAGGUCUGUUGUGAUUACAAUAACACCAUGGGUGGAGUGGACUUGAUUGAUGCAUACUUGCAUGCCUACCCUUCAGCUAGAAAGCGCUUGAAGAAAUAUUACAAAAAGCAGUUCAGACAUCUUCUUGACAUGGCGGCCCUCAACAUUCCAUAA